UGCUCUGCUCGUUGUCAUUGGUUUGGAGCAAGAGUCUGAUGACCGGCUUAGCCAUCCAACUGGAGGCAGACUGGAGAUAAAGAUAAAGACGGAGGAAUAAGGAAGAAAAGUCACUCCUGAAUUGGUGAACUGAGCAUAAACAAAGCUGAGCAAGCUGGAAUCACUGAGUCCACCCAGGGGUUACGAAUUGUGUUUCACUAGAUUCCACUCCAGAUGCAUGCUUUGGGGAGGACUCCGGCUUUGACUUUGCUGAUCUUCAUCUAUAAUUUUGUGUCUGUGUACACCAUAGUGUCUGUACAGAUGGGUACAAAGGCUCGGCUCUGCUGCCGUUCUAUUCCACUGACAAAAGCAGUAUUAAUCACAUGGAUAAUAAAGCCCAGAGGCCAGCCUUCCUGCAUAAUGGCCUACAAAGUAGAAACAAAGGAGACCAAUGAAACCUGCUUGGGCAGGAACAUCACCUGGGCCUCCACACCUGACCACAUUCCUGACCUUCAGAUCAGUGCGGUGGCCCUCCAGCAUGAGGGGAAUUACUUAUGUGAGAUAACAACACCUGAAGGGAAUUUCCAUAAAGUCUAUGACCUCCAAGUGCUGGUGCCCCCUGAAGUAACCUACUUUCUCGGGGAAAAUAGAACUGCAGUUUGUGAGGCAAUGGCAGGCAAGCCUGCUGCACAGAUCUCUUGGACUCCAGAUGGGGACUGUGUCACUAAGAGUGAGUCACACAGCAAUGGCACUGUGACUGUCAGGAGCACUUGCCACUGGGAGCAGAACAAUGUGUCUGCUGUGUCCUGCAUUGUCUCUCAUUCGACUGGUAAUCAGUCUCUGUCCAUAGAACUGAGUAGAGGUACCACCAGCACCACCCCUUCCUUGCUGACCAUUCUCUACGUGAAAAUGGUCCUUUUGGGGAUUAUUCUUCUUAAAGUGGGAUUUGCUUUCUUCCAGAAGAGAAAUGUUACCAGAACAUGAAUAUCCAGAUUUCUGGAAGCUCAUUAGUCUGAUGACACAUACCAGAAAACAGCAUUUGUAAUCAACUUUCUCAUUGGAAUCCAGCUUACCCGUCCCUGCUGUCUUCAUGUUUGUUAGACACUCACCUCCAAAUUCUUAACUGAGAAGGGCUCCUGUCUAAAGGAAAUAUGGGGACAAAUUGUGGAGCAUAGACCAAAAGAAAGGCCAUCCAGAGACUGCCCCACCUAAGGACCCAUCCCAUAUACAGACACCAAACCCAGACACUACUGAAGAUGCUGCGAAGCGUUUGCUGACAGGAGCCUGUUAUAGCUGUCUCCUGAGAGGCUCAGCCAGAGCCUGACAAAUACAUAGGUAGAUGCUUGCAGCCAACAACUGGACUGAGCAAAAAAUCUCCAUUGGAGGAGUUAGAGAAAGGACUGAAGAGGGUGAAAGGGUUUGCAGCCCCAUAGGAAGAACAACAAUAUCAACCAACCAGAUCUCCCAGAGCUCCCAGGGACUAAAUUACCAACCAAAGGCUACACAUGGAAGGACCUAUGGCUCCAGCUGCUUGUGUAGCAGUGGAUGGCCUUGUUGGGCAUCAGUGGAAGGAGAAACCCUUGGUCCAGUAAAGGCUUGAUUCCCUAGUGUAAGAGAAUGCCAGGGCAGUGACGUGGGAGUGAGUAGGUAGGAAGCAUCCUCAUAGAUGCAGGAGAAAGGAGAAUGGAAGAGGGUAUUCUGGAGGGGAAACUGGAAAAGGAGACAACAUUUGAAAUGUAAAUACAUAAAAUAUCCAAUAAAAAAUGUACAG